AUGACGCCGCACAGCUUGACGGACAAGCAGCGCCAGCGCCUUGAAGCCCUGCAACUUUACUUGAACGAGCCUGAACUGGUCCUCAUCUGCCGGCCUUGCGGUUACGCAUUGAAGCCGUUUGGGGAGCGCGUAAGCCGCCACCUGGCUGAGAAACACAACGUGCCGAAGACGCAACGCCGUGGGCUGAGCGCGCUGGUGAAGUCCCUGCAGCUUGGGGACCCGAACGACGUCGCUCCCCGUCCCGACGGCCUCCCGCCGCACGAAGCACUAACGGUCACCCGCGGCCAUGCCUGCCGUCACUGCAGCUAUCGGACGGCAAGCGAUGACCUGGUCUGCCGCCACCUCUCUAAGGCACACGGCAUCAAGGACUCGCGGAAGGCGGACGGCUGGCAACGGGACCAGAUCCACAGCGGUGUCCUACUCCAGAGCUGGUCACAGAAUGGUGCGCGGGGCUACUGGAUAGCCCAGUCCACCACGACAGGGUCGCUGCCGCCCUGCGAGACAGGUACGCCUGGUGCUGACGACGCGCCCGCUGCCCAACAGGCCCUGCUUGCCGCGGCGCAUGAUGCGGAACGAGCUCACCUCGCCAGCGGUCUCCGCGCCACCGCCACCGCCGCCGCUACGGGCCCUGUCGAUAGGGCGUUCCAAACAGGCUGGAUGCGUCGCACCGGCUGGGAUCUUAUGUUCGACGGUGCCCGCCGCGACUUCCUCGUGCAGAUGUCGGAGCUGCCGGCCUUUAGCCCGGACGCCCGGGACGCCGAGGACGACAUGCCCUAUGUAAGCACCCCAGAGGACGAAGCCCGGUUACAACGUAUCAUGUCGGCCGUGGACGGCGUCUUCGACCGUUGCGAGGAUACGAUACAGCCUAUGGACGUCUCCAUGCGCUGCUGGCUCCGCAGCUCAGAGCCCUACCGGCCGUACAAGGCCCCAUUCGAGCUGGUCAGCCGGCAGGCCACCACAUACAAGUACCGCCGCCUGGUGAAAAGGCUUCUGUGCUUCUGUGUGCGGCUGUGGCGUCUUCCCCUAGGGACGCGGCUGUCGCAGUGCCGGAGAUCCCUCACCAUCGCUCAAUCGCGCGCGCUUGAGGCAUUAUGGUCGGACGAAAUCUGGGACACCUUUUGCCCGGAUGACGCUACGGCUGCUGAUCCUACCGAGACCAGGACUACCUCAGCUUAUAGACAUGUACCAGAUGCAGACAGCUGCCGUGUGUUGCGUACGACAACAAGGACGAGGGCAAGGGGGAUACCAUCUGCCCAAGCCCCUAGCUUCCCAGCAGGUGGCCAUAACAGAGCCGGGAUCUCACAUAGCUCAUUUAGAGAUCUCAGUGAGGAUGACAGUUAUGGAAGUGCGACUGAGACUGAUGAUGACGGUGACUUUGAAGACCUCCUCAGUGAAGGCUCGGAAGGUCUAGAGGAUUUUGAUUAUAAGGAUACAAAUGCCAGCAACCAUACAGACGCCACAGAAGGCAGCUUAACAACCGACGCAGUAGCUAGCCCCCUAUUCCUAUCAGAUCGGAGUCUGGCGGGGGAUUACUUCUCAACUGCUCUUGAGGACCUUACGCUGCGCCUGCUAUACUUCCUCAUGACGGAGGAGUUCGAGGACGGCCAGUCUAAGUCAACCCUCCUGGUCUACUUCAGCGGAGUCCUUGGCAUCACGUCCGACGGGUCCGGGUUCCGGCGCCCCGGGAACUACACAGCAAACCUGUCAGCAUUCAUCUACUGCGCCUGCUUGGUUCGUCGGCAAGCGCCGCUUGGGGAGUUCCUAAGCCUCCGCGCGUACGGGCGGACUGUGUCCCCCGCCGAUGGGCCCAACUUCCGCUUCAACUGGAGCGACGACGGCCAGACAAUCUCAUGGGACGACGGGCGGCUAUCCUUGCAGCAGUUCCGGUCUCUCGCGCACGACAUGGUCCGGCACACAGCCUCCGCCGUCGACCGGUUGAUGUACAGCUGGCACCCGGUCUUUGAUCUAUCCAAGACCAAGGAUCGGAUGGCAAACACACACCAAGGCUAUUCUUUCAUCUCAGAGCCAGCAAACGGCCUUCAGGAGGCCUACUUGGACCUCUCGCAGCGGGCCUGUCUUUCUAGUAUCGAUGGCCUCUUGUCCAAGGAAGGCUGGCUACUGCGCCGGGUGCAACGCUACAUUGACGAUAGCGAGGCGCUGCUAUCUGCGCUGUUCGCUUAA